CUUGCUGGCUCAGCCCCGACGCCCGCGCCGCCGCCUGCUCGCCACUGGCGUCCCCAUGGCCCGGCGCGCGAUGCUGGUGGCAGCCGCCCUGGCGCUGAGCCUGCUGCUGGCGCUGCCCGGCCUCGCGUGGUACAAGCCGGCGGCGGGGCCGCGUCACUACUCGGUGGGGCGCGCCGCAGGGCUGCUGUCCGGAUUCCGCAAGCCCCCGUCGGCGCGGACCCAGCGCUACAGCCGGGCCUCUCCCGAGCUUCGCCCCAGCAGCCUUCAGAACCCUGUGAGUGCACGGGCCGGCGGGCGGCGGGCGGCGGGGACCGGUGCGCUGCCAGCGGCAUCUAAGCCUCCACCACCCACCCAGGCCUGGUGUGUCAAGCACGUCACCCCCAACCUGCAGAGCUGCGAGCGGCUCAUCGAUGGCCUUGGGACAUUCCAGUGUAAGGCAGAUGUCUUCCUGUCCCUGCAUGCCGCUGACUGCCCCCAAGCCUGAGCUACGCACCCCAAUC